AUGUCACCCUUCGAUCUCCACCACUUCACCGCCUCGUUCGAGCCGAUUCUUCAUUUUAUCAUUCUUCAUAGAUCGCCUCUGUUUGCUUUCCGGUGGCGCAGGCCGGUGCGCGAGAAAAUGGAGGAGGUGUUGACGGAGGAGAAGUGGAAGGCGUCCAAGAAGCAAGGGGUGUUAGGACGAUCGGCGAGCACGCGAGUGAGGAGCACUGCGUCGAGGGCGACGCCGGUGACGCGGUCGUCGUCAGGGCGGUGCGCGAGGCUGGUGAAGGAGCAGAGGGCAAGGUUCUACAUUGUGCGCCGCUGCGUCAGCAUGCUCGUCCGCUGGCGAGACUGCUCUUGA